AUGUCUAAAAGAAAAUGUAAAUUUUCUAACAAACUCGAAGUUAAGUAUCCGGCGUUUACAAUUGGACGAAAUGAAUAUGAAGCAAAAUGCUGCAUUUGUGAUUCAUACGUUUCUGUUGCAAAUAAAGGUUCCAGUGAUUUAACUGCUCAUAUUGAAACUACAAAACACAAGAAAAGAUUGAUUGAAUCAUCUACUUCAAGAAAGGUAUCAGAUUUUUUAAUUAACAAAAAUUUAACUGGAAGUCUUAAAAUUUGGGCAUCAGAAGGAGCAUUAUCAUUUCAUACUGUAAAACAUCACAAUAGUUAUAAGUCUAUGGACUGCACCCCUGCAUUGAUACGACAAAUGUGUGAUGAUUCUGAUAUUGCAAAAAAACUGUCUUGUGCAAGAACUAAGACCGAGGCAAUUAUUGAUCAUGUUUUAAGCCCACAUUCAAUUGAUGUUGUAAUUUCUGCUUUGUCUAAUGUUCCAUAUUUGAGUAUAUGCACUGAUGGUAGCAAUCAUGGUAGUACAAAAAUGUUUCCAGUAUUAGUACAAUAUUUUGAAGCUUCUAAUGGAAUACAAGUUAAACUUCUAGACUUAAAAAAUACUCCAAAUGAAAAAUCUGAAACUAUUUCUGAAUUGCUGAUACAAACGUUAAAUAAAUAUAAGUUAGGUGACAAAUGUAUAGCUUUUGUAGGUGACAACACAAAUACUAAUUUUGGUGGGAUAAAUAGAAAAGAAGGCUGUAAUAUAUUUACCAAUUUGAAAAAUAAUCUCAACCAGGAACUAGUUGGUAUUGGCUGUCCUGCACAUAUAUUACAUAAUUCCAUUCAUCAUGGUGUUGACCAAUUAGAUAACAUAGAUAUUGAUUCUAUUGUUUUAAAAAUAUUCAAUUAUUUUUCAAUUUACACAGUAAGAACUGAAAAAUUAAAGGAGUUCUGUGAUUUUGUUAAUAUUAAUUAUCGAAAUUUACUUUAUCAUAGUAAAACUAGGUGGUUAAGUCUAUUUCCUGCAAUUAAUCGCAUUCUACAAAUGUAUCCUUCAUUAAAAUCUUUUUUUCUAUCAGAAAAACAACCUCCAAAAGCUAUCAAAAGCUUUUUUGAAAAUGACUUUAGUGAAAUAUAUUUGUGGUUUAUUCAUUCAUUGAUGUACAUUUUUCAUAAGAAAAUGGAAUUGAUAGAGGCUGAAAAAAAUUCAAUAAUAGAAGUUACUUACAUUCUUGACACAAUUAUGAAUAUUCUUCAAGAAAGAUAUGAUGCUAAAUUUAUACCACUCAAAGUUAAAGAAUUAUUAACUAUAUUAAGAAAUAAUGGACAAGAUACUGCUUGUGAGAAAUUUUUAGAAGAUGUUUUAAGAGUAUACGCCUCAUCUUUAGAAUACCUUAAAAAGUGGUCUCAUACAUUGUCUGACUUCAAGGUACACUUGUUGGUGUUAGUGAUCACUUGUGUUGCCCGAGUUGUUCAAGGUUUACAACAUAGUAGUGUUGUCGAAUUUCAGCAUCGUGGUUGA